AUGACGGUCAUCGACUUGACUCAGGACUCUGAUUCGGAGGAUCAGAGGAGACUCGCUGCACAAAGACAAAGCACAAAACAGACACAGCAGAGUCCAAAAACCACUUUCUUUUCGAAUCUGACGCAUCGCACGCCAUCGUCAUCGAUCCCGUUGAAAAGAAAGUCUGAUAGAAGCUCUGACAGCCCUUCUCUUGCUGUGCCUAAGGCCAAUCACUUGAGCAACAAUAACAUACACCAUAAUGCUAACAGUCUGGGUCUUGGCAACCACAACGACCCUAUCACUUCUAACAGCAAUACUACCAACAACGCCAUCACUAAUGCUGAUACCCUCAAAUCUAAUCAUGUAUUCAUUCCAAAAAUUCAGAAUCCGUCUACACCAAGUCCAAGCCCAAGCUCUCAACAGGAGGCGAUUGGUGUCGUUAUUCCUUCUCCCUCAAGGCAGCUGAGAAAGGAGAUUGAGAAAUCUGAUUGGGUCAAACUGCCCCCUGUAGCGCCAGAGAAGACUGCACUUUCGACUGAGUAUUAUCCCAUAGAUGCUCACGAAAAGCGCGCUCUCAAAGGCGCCUACCCCAGCGCCCGGAAGGUCAAGCGUUCUGAGAUUUCGUUUAGCAUUGGAACGCCGGGCCCCAUCCUAGCAGAUAGGAUCCCUGUACAACGCCAGCUUUACGAGACUCUACAACGGAAGUUGUCAAAGAUCAAGGGCCCCGCCGUGACGUUUGCGCCUGGCGAGGAGGGCCUGCUCGCAGACUUUGCGUCAAACUUUGAGUUCGUCAAUGCCUAUAUCCUCCGCAAAGGCGUCUCACAUAUUCCGGCGGACUUCAUCGCGGGCUGCGAUUGCAAAACAAUCUGUGAUCCUGCGCGGUGCGGCUGCCUCGAGCAGGACGAAGAGUCGAAAGAGAUCAUUGUGCCGUAUCAGCGUGCGCACGACAACGCACGGCUCCUAGUCCUGACCCCGGAGUUUCUGAAGCGCACAGAUAUCAUCAUUGAAUGCAGCUCCAAAUGUACCUGUGACGAGCAGAAAUGCUGGAAUCGAGUCGUGCAGCAUGGUCGCACGAUCCGUCUGGAGAUCUUCCACACGGGCAAUCGCGGUUUCGGCCUCCGUUCCCCAGACUGGAUCCGCGAGGGUCAAUUCAUCGACUGCUAUCUCGGCGAAGUGAUUACCAAACAGGAAGCCGACGUGCGCGAGGAAGUCGCCACCUCGCAGCACGGCCACUCCUAUCUCUUCGGGCUGGACUUCUUCCACAAUGACGACCAGAUAUACGUCGUGGAUGGACAGAAGUUUGGCUCUCCCACGCGUUUCAUGAACCACUCGUGCAACCCGAACUGCAAGAUGUUCACCGUCACCCGGACCUACGGCGACGACCGGCUGUACGACCUGGCCUUCUUCUCGCUACGCAAUAUCCCACCCAACACCGAGCUGACGUUCGACUACAACCCCAACUGGGAGGAGGGCAAAAAGGUCGAUCCCAAUGCGGUGCGAUGUCUCUGUGGGGAGAAGAACUGCCGCGGUCAGCUCUGGCCGAACCAGCGCAAGGGCACCAAAUGA